GUCAUCGACUGCGAUCUUGAUAUUGAUCUGUGCAUUGCGCCGUCGUGUGGAUCGAAACAAACUCGACGCCCCUGAACUGCUCGAGUACUAGUCCACUUGUCGACCGAACAAUAUCUAUCAGGUCCUAAACAGUACUCGCCUGGUUGAUCGUUGCUGUGUUUCUCAUCAUUAUUUAUUUACUUUACUUUUGUUCUCCCCUGCUUGAUAUCUUCCGUCCCACUCAACUGGUUACGCAUAUAUUGCAUCCCACUCCGCAACUUUGCCAUUUUGCGCUCGUUAACCUGCAUCGCCAGUGGGCUGUCGAGACUGGAAAACGUUUGAUGCGGGAACAAUAUAAAAUAUCGCACAUUACAACGCAGUCACCCAAGACAGUCAGGUUCAAGGUCUUCUUGAUAUCUGUCUACGUCCGCCGCAUCGGGGCAUACCCUCGCUUACCUUGAGUUUCACGUGUCGAACAUCAUCGAGAUCAUUCAAGUGGAAGCCCCUCAGUAGCUGGCUGACGGCAUCUUUGAUCACCUCAGUUUGAUUGGCCCGCGUCUCUACGCGAAGAUUCACCACUGGGGAAAACCGCUUCAAUAGAGUUGAAACCGUACCAGUUGGCCGUCGAUUGGCUCAUCACGUUCCCCUCCCGCGCAAAGGAGUCCAUCCGUUGGUGGCUGCUGGUCUUCUACGCCUGGAUCUAGGAUAUCCUGUCGACCAAGGACCCUCCGGUUGUAACCGAGGUGCCCAUGGCGGCCAAGACAGUCUGUGUCAUCGGAUAUGGCCCAUCCGGAGCAUGCGCGGCCAAGUACCUAAACGCCGAGCUCGUCCAGGGCGCCGGCCAUAUCGCGCUCAACCAGGGAUACCACCGAUUCAAAGUAACCAUCUUCGAGGCCCAGCCACGCCUAGGCGGCCUAUGGCCCAGCUCGCCCACCGACGCCGCGGGACAGGUGCACCCGUCGAUGCCGUGCAACCAAAGCCGCCACACGGUCCAGUUCUCGGACCUGGCCUGGGAGGACAGCGCGCCAGAGUUUCCCCGCGCCCAUGAUGUCGGGCGCUACCUAGCCAGGUAUGCGGCCACGUACCUCCCGGAGCCGGCCGAGGCCGAGGGCAACACACCCGAGGCGCUGUACAAGCGCGCGCAGGGGACUGUCGAGGUCCACCGGAACGCAAGAGUGGUGGGCGUGGAGCCGGUCGCGGUCGCGGCGGGAGGGAGGCCCGGUGAGGCCGGGUGGGACGUCAGGGUGGAGGGAGAGGAGUCGGCGCGGCGGUUUGAUGCCGUCGUGGUUGCUUCGGGCUUCUUUGGGCGGCCCGAGAUUGGUCGAGUCGACAUUGGCGCUGCUGGGGUCCCAGUCGUCCCGGCUGGCCAGUACCGAGAUGUGGCUUCGUUGCUGGACGCCAAGGGUAAGACAUCGGGCGGCAAGGUCCUGGUGGUGGGAAGCCAGAUGUCGGCGUAUGAGGUUGCCGGCACCAUCGCCAGGGACUUGUCGUCAGCUGUGCAUUCGCCCGGCGGCGCUGGUGGGAUCGAGAACCCGGAGAAGUACCGUGUGUAUCACGUGGCCAAAAGACCAUCUUGGUUGUUUCCUCUCAUCGGCACGGCGACUCCCUCCCAUGUACGCCCUCGGUUCCUGCCCGUCGAUCUCCCAGCAUACAACCUCUCACGCAGGCAGCUGCCUUUGACCAACAACCAGGGGAUUCUUUCCCAACAGAGGAUGCGGGAAGUCAAUUACACCUUCCGGGUCGUUCUAGGCGGCGACCAGGGCGAUGUCAGCCCUGAUCUCAAAAUCACUGACAAGCUAGCGGAGGAAGCGCCGUAUCUCGCUAUGAGCGACAGCUACCUCGAGUUCGUCCGCUCGGGGAACAUUGUCCAUGUGCCAGGGACCGUCACCCGCAUUUCAGAACGGUCGGCUUCGGUGGAAAAAGCUGGAGAAGAAAUCAAGUUGGACGAUAUAGCCGCCGUCGUGUCUGCAACAGGCUGGUCUGUCAAAGACUCUCUCCAAUUCCUUCCACAGUCGAUCAAGGACGUUCUAGAAUUUGACGAGGCAGACAACACACACCCCCUCGUCCUCAAGUUCCACAACACACAUCACCCAGACGUCGCAAACUUGGGCUUCGUCGGCUUCUAUCGUUCGCCAUAUUGGGGCGUCAUUGAGAUGCAGUCCCGCUUCCUCGCCAAAUAUCUUGGCCAAGACUUUAGGCCGCCGGCUGCCGCAAAUCCCACAAAUACAGCGUCAUCCGAAUCAGUUCUCGAGGCCGGCCAAGCUCAAGUCACCGUGCCCCCUCUCGCCAACAGCUUGAAAUCCGCGCUAGAAGCAGACGAUUGCAUGAACAGAGAGCGUGCACUUCGCGUCCAUCGCAAAGAACACCCCGAGGCGGCUGCACAAUACCCCAUGGGCGACUACGCCUGGCUGAUGCAAGAAUUUGCUCGGGCCCUCGACAUAAACAUGACUCCUCCCCCCACAGCCACGGAACUGAUCCCCCCAGACGGCGACGAGCCCAUGAACAUCCUGACGCCCUCGCGAUACCCCUCUAAGGGCGCCUCAGGACAGCAUCUUGACGAGAUGUCCAAAAACUUGGCUGCGACACGGCGGACGGUCAGCGCGGCUCUGAGAGACGGACGAUUUGUGGCACGUGCAAUCUUCCGCGGCCUGCAGGGCGAAUGGGCCAUGGACAGGGAAAUCACCAGCUUCAACGAUCAUUACGGCUUCGGCAGUGGGCAUUAUGUGGGAACGGCAUACUUUUACCCGCGCCAGGCGACGACACGCGGCCUGGACAAGGCGAUCGCCGAAGACCCGGCCGCCAUGGCACUAAUUCACGAGUACCUAUACAAGGAGCAGGGAGAGUUCACGCCUGUUGGGAGCAACCAGUCAUUCACAACUUGGAGGUAUUACGUCUAUCGGUACAACGAGGCUAGCGAUGAGAUAACGGUCUGGUUCGUAGACACCAAGGACCAAAAGUCGGUCGACUACUUUUUCCACAAGGUUGAGCUUGAGCAGAUCUCACCGCAGGAUGGGGACGGUACUGGGUCGGAUGAUGAGGAUGCCAAGGCCCGGUCCGACAACAUGAGCGACAUAGACUCGGCGGCAGUCGCUAUACACGGCAUGAGCCUACCAAACGACGACAUGCCGCACUGGAAUGCCAAGGGCAAUCACUGGUGCCAGCCGGACCAGUACGACCUGGCGUAUAGGUUCGAGUUCCAGGCGGUACGCAUCCCGAGGUUCAAUAUUACGACGCAUGUCAAGGGGGAGAAGAAGGACUACAGAUCGAUUACGUGGUUUGCCCGCAAGAUCCGUUCUCAGGAGCAAGAAUUGUGA